AUCGGAGUGACGCUUGUUCAACCACUACGCCCAACAGCGCAUUCGGGGAUAUGUCUUCGGGAUCCAAUGGCGCCAGGCGCAUAGCCUCAGUAUUGAGGCCUUCAAUCACCGACUCCAGAGUGUGCCGAAGCUGUCAAGAGACACUUGUCCGUCGCAAUUAUGCCUCGGCCGCCACACAAUCUCCCUCUGAAUCUCCCUCCACAGCUACAUCUACGUUCCCUGUCGUGAAACCCACCUACACCAUUAACGCGGGUGUGCUCCUCUCCCGCCCCCCUCAGAUCACACGCGACCUCACCGAAUUCGAGAAAGCGUACUACUUUUAUCAGAAACGACUGAACGAGCGAUUGGCACUUCCCUUCACUAAAUAUUUUUACUUCAAGAGGGGAACACCUGUCGAUGAGGACUGGAAGCGUAAGAUUCGUGAACGCCAGACCCCCGCCCGUGACAUUGGCAAAUACAAUGCCUACUCGAAGGAGGCAUGGAACGAUGAACUCCUAGUCGGAGCGGUUGAGGCGGAGCCGAACCACAUGGUUGAAAUGCUUGUCCAAGAUGCAGAGGCUACUGCAAAUGCCACCUCCCAGGAUACUAGCAAGAAGGAAGAGAUUCCCCGACCGUUUUCCCGGGAGACGGAGGCUGAUAAGAAGGGCGACUUCAAGAGUCUCAACAGGGCCCUGCAAAGGACACUCUACCUGCUCGUUCAGUCUAAGGAUGGCUAUUGGAAACUGCCUAGCUCUCCUGUGGCUGAGGGAGAAACCCUCCGUUUGGCUGCUGAGCGUACCCUUGCACAAUCUGCAGGAGCGAACAUGAAUACCUUUAUGGUGGGAUUCCAUCCCGUGGGUCAUCACGUGUACAACUUCGUCAAGCCCAAGACCAACGAGACAACUGGAACGCAGCUCGCGGGCGAGAAAACUUUCUUUAUCAAGGGACGCAUUAUGGCCGGACAGGCGGAUCUCUCUGGAAAUGUGCAGAAUCUUCAAGAUUUCAAGUGGGUGGCCAAGGACGAAAUCGCCAAAUUCGUCCGGCCACAAUACUAUAGCAACAUCAAGAACAUGCUGGCCGAACGGUAAAACCCAACCUAGCGGGGGGGGGGGG